AUGGGUAACAAACAUAACAAUAUGCAAAAUAAAGCAAUUAUUAAGAGUUACACACAUUGGACAGAUCUGACAUGGCAACCUGUAGGAACCGCCCUCCUGUCAUACUAUUGGAUAGCUGCAAUCUGCGUCAAAUUACAAUGUAUCGCGCGAAAAUCUGAGACCUGCGGAGUAUCGGAGGAAACACAACAUCAGAAACUUCUCUCUGGUCGAUCCCGUUUAAAAGCUUAUUAUGCCGUCAGAUCGCAGCGUUCACUGGUCCUCUUGGAUUCGGUGCAAGCUAGAAGCGGCCCUUCGAUUCCUUAUGUGUUGCAGUGGGGAACCUGGGGAAGAACAGCUUACUCUUCCUGUCCAGGAAGCAACACUGUCAUUGGAAACACCUUUAUACCAGAGUUCUGUGUUGCCAUGGUUUUAAAGGAUAUUAUAACUGAGGAAUCAUCCUGCUUACAACUGAACCAUCACAGAAUGGGGACACAGAUGCAACUUGCCUUGUUCUACUUGCAAGUCAGGGCAGGUCUGAAUCAUUGUGCCUUCUUGCUGUUAGAACUUGAGUCACCUUCCAGAACCAAUAAAAAUGGUAGAAUUGGUUCCCCCCAGGUCAAUAAUUUUAACUCUCAUAUCUGGGUGCAUCUAAAUGGCAUUUGUAUCUCUGUGUACAUUUUCAUGUGGAUUUUACAAUAAUAGUAUGUUCAAAUAUCUUGUGCAUGAUAUCUGCAAAAGAUUGAGUGAAAUCUGCAAAAUUAUUGCCAAACUGUAGAUAUUAUGGAAUAUGAAAAAAAAACAUGAAAUUGUCUUAUGUUGUAAUUUGGCUAAAUUAAUACAUUAGAGUAUGUAAACACUGAAGAUCAUGAUAAAAUAAUGUUUAUAGACUGUAUCAUAUCCCUUUUCUGUACAUAUGUAUUUGUGCUAAGCAGUGUUUGACUUUUUUCUGACUGUUUGCUUUUUUUAAAACUUUUUAUAUAUAUCUGUUUAAUUCAAACACUUAGUAUUAUUACUUUUUGAGGUAAUUAAUGCACUUUUAGCUACAGCAUUUGCUUGUAACUUUAUUUUAUAUAAAAAAAAUUACGGUAAAUUUAUCUGGUUAUGUUUUUAAAUUGGUAUGUUGUGUUUGUGGUAUAUUUAAUAGCUAUAAAAUAAGUUACAAUUAAGUUUUAAAGAAUACAGCAACUCAAAUUUACAUUAAAAGUGCUAUACAUAUAAAACUUUCCCAAUUUUUAUAUGUACAGCACUUUUAAUGGAAAUUGUAAUUGCUACAUUCUUUAAAACUUACAAUUGUAACUAUUUUCUUAAAUAUUUUUUUGUAUAGAUUGAUGAAAGAAUUUUUAUGUGCAUUUUGGAAAUCUAAA